AUGAUAUGCAGAGGGGAGGAUGAGGUCACCGAGGAUGACAUCACCGAUGAAAUCCGAUAUAUAAUUAGGUAUUCCGUAUCCCACAGCGAAAAGUGUGGAUCCGCCGGCAUAUUCCAGCUACUCCGCCGUUCUCUGCAGAAGCUAGCAACAAAAUCGAUAAUGGCGUCGGAUCGACAGCAAUUCGAAGAAGGGAGCACCAACGACUACGGAUCAGAACUAAACACAAGUCCCACCGACGAGCUUGCGGCGGUCUCCGCCUUAGCAAGAAGCGCAGGGGAGUUGAUGAUAAUCCAAACGUUACACCGUUUCAUCGGGCCUGUUCUUAUACCAAUCCUUAAGCCUCUGAUUCGUGAAAUUGCAACGGAGCAGGUUGGAUUGGCUGAGCUUUUGGCUAGAAUGAAAGAGAACCCUGCAAACGUGGCAAGUACUUCAGUUCCCAAAAGACUAAAGCUACUGUUCAGAAACAGGAUUUCCCUUCCAGUAUACACAGGAAAGCGUCUUUCAGGAGAGAAUGGAAGCACCAUUGAAAUAGUCUUGGUUGAUGCUCUCACUGAGCAGAUUGUGAAUACAGGGGUCGAAUCUACAGCAAAACUGGAAAUAGUUGGUUUUCGUGUAGGUGAUGAUGGUGAUGAUGAUGAUGAUGAUGAUGGUUGGACAUUUGAAGACUUUCAAGAAAGGAUUCUGAGUGAAAAGAAAGGGAAACGCAUCCUCCAAGGAGAUACUUGCUUGCAGCUAAAAGAAGGCGUUUGUUUCGUGAAUAAGAUUUCUUUUACUCAUAAUUCAGAAAACACCAAAAACGGUUUGUACAGACUAGGGGCAGGAAUUGUGGAUGCUGCGUUGAUGAACAGAGUGGAAGUAGCAAGGACAGAAGCCUUUCUAAUGAAGGAUGGGCGCACUACUUAUUAUGAAAAACACCCUGACCCACGUUUGUCGGAUAAGGUGUGUUGUUUAAAACACAUCAGCUAUAAGGGUCCACGCUAUAAACAACUGAGAGAUGAAGGGGUGUUCACUGUGAAGGAUAUGCUGACUCUUCUCUACACAGAUCCAAAACGGCUUCAAGAUGUAGCUACAUAUUUCUCUUAUCUUUCUAUUUCUGUUGAUAUAGACCUCUACCUACUUUUUCAGCUUCAAGGAUACACCCAUAUCAUCCACUUCCUCUAA